AUGGAUCCCCCACCAGCACUUGACCAUAUAAUCAUCCAGCUCCCACACAAGAACAUCCUUGACCCUCCAUCCUGGAUCACGGACGUUUUUACUAUCACGCCUGGCGGUCGCCAUGCACACAACAAAACAGAGAAUAAGCUCAUCGUAUUCAAGGACGGGACGUACAUCGAGCUCAUCGCCUUCAUUGACGACUCCCCCAGCAACCGUGAAGGCCAUUGGUGGGGCGACAAAGAUUACGGCUUCAUCGACUGGGCCCUUACUUCGUCAGAUCCGCAGGACGUCGAGAUUGUACGAUCGCGAUUGGAGAAGCUGAAUCAGCGGGACUCACUGGCGGUCAGCUAUGGAGCUGCUCAGGAAGGUGGCAGGCGCAGAGCGGAUGGCCAGGAAGUCAAGUGGAAUGUCACGUUCCCUUCUGGCGACAUUAAAAGAGGGGAGGUGCCGUUUUGGUGCCAUGACCUCACGCCGCGGGAGUUGCGGGUACCGGUGGAUGAGACUGCUACUUCACAUCCAUGCGGUGCAGUUGGUGUAGCGAAGGUGUGUUUGGCGGUGCCGGAUUCGAAGCGCUCAGCUUACGAGAAAUUCUAUUCUGCGCUCUUGGGGCGGCAAGGGGGAGGUCUGCAGACAGAAUCCAUGGACGAGGAGUAA